AUGCCGCCCUCACAGCGCCCUUCGUUUCCGGCUUCCACACACCACACUUCGGGGACCUCUACCACCCCUUCCUCAUCCACCUUUACUGCCAUCCCGGCCCCUUCCUACACUGCGACGACUGCCCCUGAUUCUCCUCUCCAACCACGCUCCAACAGCCUCGGUCCGAGCGCCAACUCACCGCCCAACCUCAACGACCGCCGCCCAGAAGCCCCCUCGACACCACACAGACAAACCAACACGAGCCACGGACCACUCCUCACCGCACCGUCCUCUCCCUCUUCCAACGUGCAGCAUCCUCCGAACACCUCGGGACCGGUCAAGACGACGCGCUUCGACCGGUCAGCACUCCAGAGCCAUUGGACCAGGUUCAAGCGAACCACCGGCUUUGGAGGCCCUCCAGGACCACCCACAGGCACCGGAACAGGCACCGGUACAGGCACUUCCAGCGUCGAGGGAAGCGGAGCAGAUGAUCUUGAGCCCAGGAUUGGGAGUGUCAAGGGGAGUGGCGGUGUUCGCUGGGGACGGGUUGUUGCCCGCACCAUAACCUCCGACGGAGACUUGAGUGGCGGGACCGGCCCAGGGUAUAGAGAGCGCCCUAGCAGACUCGGUAGUAGGCUUUGGGGACGGCGGAGGCGGGACAUGGCUGAUAUGGAGAUGGGCCGCUCAGGAUCGUUGAGAGAGAUUACUAACCGUCAUGGUACCCGCACCAACAUUGACGAGUUGGAGCAAGAAGACGACUGCGAGGACGCAGAGGUCGACGCUGUUGUUGUUGAUAACCAGUUCUUGUCUCUCGACAAGUCCACGCAGCGUUCACAGUCAACACACCCGCACCAUGUGGAUGACAUUGGUACACCACCCACAGGUCCUACUGGGAGCACUAGUAGUGGUGUCGCCGAAACGAGGGCCAUGGUUCUCUUGAGAUAUCGAAUAUGGCCCGUUAUUGAGCGAUUUUUCAGUCUACACUUUCACGAUCCUGUCUCUGAAGCACAAUACAUCAAGGAGACGUUUUAUACCCACAAAACAUUAGCGUUCUGGGCCUCAUGCUUCUUAAUUCUCAACUGGGUGCUCGCCACCUCGCUAUUAUCCCAGCAAUCUUACAUCUUGGGCGACAAAAUAUUUGUAUAUGGUGUUGCGCCCGUUCUCACAGUUCCUCUGCCCGUGUUCAUCACCUUUGACUGGCCCCGAACUCGUCCAUGGAUAUAUCAGAUCUGGCUUGCUGCUGCGCCAGCGAACUGGUUACAUCCCGUGUUUGGACCGGGAUUUUUUGGUGCUAUUCUAUUCGUUCCAUAUAGAUCCACAUGGAUCCGACACAUUUUGAACCUUAUUAUCUACCACGCGUUUGUACUUUACAUCAAUUGGAUGCGCGAAACAGCCGAUCGAAGACUUCACGUACUACGGGACCAGCUCAAAACGCAGUAUAAGCAAACCCAAAAGGCUCAGAUCAGUGAGAGGAAAAGCUCGGACUCGAAGCGAAGGCUGACAAGCUACAUUUUCCAUGAGGUUCGAGUACCACUCAAUACAGCUCUUCUGGCUGCCCAAAAUUUGGCUGGGACCAAUGCCAUUCAACGAGAACACGAGAUCGAAUUUAAUGCCCUCGAAGGGAGUUUAAACAUGAUGAGCAAGGUCCUGAAUGACGACUCGGGCCGUUUCGAAACCGUGUCUAAACCGUUCGCGUUUCAUGCAGUCAUUCGUUCAAUGCUCGUACCCCUGGGGCUUGGUGCCAGCGCCAAAGGCCUCCAGCUCAUUGUCGAGUUGGAUGAUGAAAUCGACGUUCAGGCGCGACUCGCAGCUUACCGAGCUCAAGCGCGUGAUAUCAAUUUUACACGCGGGGAGCAAUACGUCUCGGCGGAUACAUCGCGCCGGCGCGUCGAGGAAUGGGUUGCACAGCGCAUGGAAGAGGGAUCGGAGGAGGAUGGGAUUGUUAUGGGCGACGAGAUGCGGUUGAGACAGGUGGUGACCAACUUGGCGAGCAAUGCCUGCAAAUUCACCGAACCCGGCGGGCGAAUCACCCUCCGAACCAAGCUCAUCAUUCCUGGACCUGAGAAUCGGGCGAGGCUCUCGAGCGACCACCGGCCUUCGAGUGAUUCGAGUAACAAAUUCGAUGUCAACCAAGAUCAUCGCGAGGUUCACAUUUCCCCUCCCUUCGUCCGCGGUACGAGCGAUGGGUCGGAGUUGGAGCGGUUAUUGGAGCACAUUGUUGUCCGGAUCGAGGUGCAGGACACGGGCGUUGGGAUCAGGCAGCAGGACAUGGAGGAAAAACGACUGUUUUCGGCAUUCAUGCAGACGUCCAGUGGGCUUCGGCAAGGUGGGAAAGGGACCGGUCUGGGCCUCGCACUUGUUAGGCAUAUUGUUGCUCUUAGUGGAGGGCGAUUGGGCGUCAAGUCCAAACGGGCAGUUGGCAGCACGUUUUGGGUCGAGCUCCCGCUCGGCGUCGGUCGUAAAGCCGUCGCAGGUGUGCAUGCUACACGGGCCCGAGACGCCGCGGUCGAUGCUAUCAAUUUCUCGGGUGGAUGGAAUCCGGAAGAGGUCGCCAGAAACGUGGAUCAGGCAACGAGAAAUAUCGACGCGGCGGACAGGAGCCGGGAGGCGCUUUCACCCGGGGUUAGCGAUGGCAAUGUAGCUAUGUUUGGGUCUACUCCUACUCAUGGCGCAGAGGAUAUCAGUCCCCUUGCUAGCGGGAUGGUCGCGUCGGUCGAACCGCUGGUCGCGUCGAGUAGUGGUGCAUCUACGGGCUUGGGUUCUGGUGCUUUGUUGGCGGCUGGCGCACCAGCAACGCCUUUACAGAGCGGGAGUGCAUUAAAGUCCAUCAUGGAACAUGGAGGCGUCGUUGAGCUAGUUCCACAACUUCCCAUGCAAUCAUCGCACGAAGAAGGUCCUAUUGUUGCGACACGCACAUUAUCCCCUGAUACAGGUGGCCGGCCGAGCGUAGGGAAUUCGCCUGUUACCUCUCGAGUCGGAGGGUCGGACAGUGCAUCCAGACUGGCGCUCUCUGAUCCAACUGCGUCGAGGAUUGUCAUGUCUGAGCCUGCCCCUUCACGAUCUGGAACUGGCCUCAGCGACUCGAGAGUGGGGCUGAAUGACCCAACUGCGUCAAGGAUAGUCCUACCAGCUGAACUCCCCCGUGCAUCACCCAAACCAUCCGCACACCGGUCAAUGCCGUCCGAAACUUCAUUGCCUCCGCUCAAAACGACCGCACCAGCUCCGAGUAACGGUUCGCCAGUACGCCCGACGGCGGGCAGCGCGGAAAGUCUAUCACCUCUUCGAGUUCUCGUCGUGGACGAUGACUCGCUCACUCGCCGACUGAUGACACGGAUGCUCACACGUCUAGGAUGCACUGUCGAGAACGCCGAGAAUGGGCAAAUCGCGCUCGACAUGCUUUUAGCACCGCUGCCUACUCCACAGUCGCAGCGCACUCAAUCCUCGGCCGGGUUUCCUUCGCCCUUAUCGGCGUCUAUAGAACAUCCGACCCCAACUUUGGCGGCUCAAUCGGGUGGGUGGGAGUAUGGAGAAUCCAAGUACGAUAUUGUGUUCCUAGACAACCACAUGCCGAUAUGUAGUGGCGUUGAAGUGGCUCGCCGGCUACGACAACUUGAUCGAAAAGACUUUGUAGUAGGAGUGACUGGAAAUGCUUUGACAGAGGACCAACAGGAGUAUCUUCAAGCUGGAGCGAAUCAUGUAUUGACCAAGCCAGUUUUAGAAAAGAGUUUGAAGGCCAUGCUAGUGUUGGCAGACGAGCGACGAAAAACACCUGGUGCCCCGAGCACGCCGAGUGGAUCUUAG